CCACCAUCUCCACUGAAAUGAAUAAAAGAUCUCCCCCCUGUCCACCAGAACGCCCCCUCCCAAUAAACCUCAGAGAACCCCUCGACCCCCCUACGCCCGCACGCCCGCACGCCCGCGAUGCUCCCGGCGGUUCCAAUGCUUACCGCGGACGGGAGUGCGUGCGUAGGUGUGCCCGAGAGAGGCUGUCAGCUCAGCGCCAGAUGCUUUGAGUCAUGGAGGAUAUCUUCCACUGGUGCCGUGAAGGCAACACUGUACAAGUGCGACUAUGGCUAGACGACACUGAACAUGAUAUGAACCAAGGAGAUGACCAUGGCUUCUCACUCUUGCACUGGGCAGCCAAGGAGGGUCACUUGGGUAUUGUGGAGAUGCUGAUAACCAGAGGUGCUCGGAUUAAUGCCACAAACCUCGGUGAUGACCAUCCGAUCCAUCUGGCGGCUGCUCACGGGCAUAGGGACAUUGUCAGCUUUCUGAUAAGACACAAGGCAGAUGUUAACUUCAUCAAUGAGCAUGGAAACACCCCACUACACUAUGCCUGCUUCUGGGGUUAUCAGUUGAUUGCUGAGGACCUUGUACAGGCUGGGGCAUCAGUGUCCAUUGCCAACAAGUAUGGGGAGGUUCCACUGGAUAAGUGCAAAGGAGCCAUGGCAAAGAAGCUUCACAGCUUGGCAGUUGAUUGUGGCCAAAACCUUGAGAAGGUUGCCUUCAAAGAUCAGAGCUGGCUUGGCCUGAAGACUCGUAGCCGUGACCCUACCCUCUCCAGGCACAAAGGCAUUAAUAUCAAUGAACUGUCGCUUCACACCAAGAUUGCUAUAAGCCCUUCUGGAGAGAUGUGGCGUGGGAAGUGGCAAGGGAAUGAAAUUGUUGCCAAAAUUCUGGCUCUGAGGGAAUGCUCUCCUCGAGUGUGCCGUGAUUUCAAUGAGGAGUUCCCGAGGCUAAGAAUCUUCUCACAUCCCAACGUCUUGCCAGUUGUUGGCUGCUCUAACUCUCCCCCAAACUUGGUGGUCAUCACACAGUAUCUCCAUAAUGGGUCUCUCUAUCAGCUGUUGCACCAGGAAACAUCAGUCGUUGUGGACACGGCACAGGCUCUCAAGUUUGCCCUGGACAUAGCGCGGGGGAUGGCUUUCAUCCACUCUUUGGAGAAGCUGGUGCCCAAUCUGUACUUGUCCUCAAAGCAUAUAAUGGUGAAUAAUGUCCUUUUUGGAGUCAAUAGACUUUUGGCUGAUAGUUGGCAUGGAUUUCAAAAAAAAAAGGAAAUUUUUCCUAAAUGGUUUUAUACAACAGCUCUGCAGAAGAAACCAAAAGAUCUGAAUGUGAAGGCAGCAGAUAUGUGGAGCUUUGCAGUAACCCUCUGGGAGAUGGCGACACGUGAGGUUCCAUUUGCUGAUCUUACGCCAAUGGAAGCAGGAAUGAAGAUUGCCACAGAAGGCCUCCGCGUCAGUGUUCCACCAGGGAUAUCUCCACACAUAUCAAAGUUGGUUCGAAUUUGCAUGAAUGAAGAUCCUGGCAAACGACCAUCCUUCGACAUGAUCUUGCCCAUAUUGGAGAAAAUGUGCACACAGUAAAUGCCCAUAAUUCUCAGAGGAAACUAAACCUAAUGUCAUUUUUGACAUGCCUUGAAUAUCACAUUCUGGAGAAAUGCCUUUGGGUAUAAUGUUUUCCUUAUUUAAUUUGUUGAGGGUGUAACGGAAUUUCAGAUUUUACAAUUUGCUUGAAGAGGAUGUUGUUAAACUGAGUAUUAAUUACUUACUUUUGGCCACUAAUUUUGCAUGGAUAUAUGGAUUCAUUUCAGAUUUCAUAUUCAUAUAGCCUUUUUUCACUAAUGUAGUCUUAAAAAAAAAGUUUCAAUAAAUAUAUAUUUUGUCACAAAGGAUCACUUCUUACAUAGUUUUUAAUUAGUAUUUUUAAAGUUGAAUGAAAGCAAAAAUAGAAAAGUUUAAUGCAUUAUAAUUGGAGAUUUGCUUACAUUAGGUAUAGAUGAAAUCAGGUCUCUCUCUUUCUGUCUCUCAAAAAAAAAGUGCCACAUUUCUAUUUAUAAGGUUUUUGAGAGUAUCAAGGAAAAUAUUCCGCAAGUUUAUUUCAUAAUAAUGUUAAAUACUUCCAUUUCCCAACAUUAAAUUUAUCAGGACUACUGACCUAUUAUUGUGCCAAGUAGGGUAUGGUCUAUUUUUGCGAAGUACAUUUUGAGAAUUUAUGACAGUGCAAUGUAUGAUAGUUAUAGAUAGAUAGAUUAGUAUUUAGUUGACGUGAAUGUGCAUUUAUAGAUGGUACUAUAGAAAUGGACAAGAUCACAUGUAAUCUAGUUUCCUAGAGGCAUGGAAGGCAUUCUGUAAAAAUAUAGGAAGAAGAAUGUUACCACAAAUUGACUCUACAAGUCUAUACAUAUUCAAGUAUUAUUAUUUUGUAUAGGAAGUGAUACAUAUUGUAUAGUGGUCUUUAAAUAAGGAGGUUGAGCAAUCAAUAUAAUUUAGCAGUAAAUUAUACCCGCUUCAAUAGUACAGCCUAGAAAGGUAGACUAGUAUCAAUAUCUGUCUUGUGCAGAAUCCUCUAUAUGUAUCGUAUUGCCUUGUCUCUAGAAGUGAUUAAUCAACAUAUUUACCAGAAAUGAUUGUGCUGACAUUUGGCAGAGAUGCAGGACCUGUCUACUUGACUGUGUGCAAGAUAGGCCAAAGAUUGCAUGAAAUCAUCAGGUGCUUCAAAUUUUAUCAUCUAGAUGAGAUUGUAAAGGAGUUUCUUUUUAGACAAACGGAGUCCUGGUUGAUGUCAAAUGAACCAACACUUCAUUGACAGUAGCUAUAUGAGUUCAAUCAUGUAGUCGCCUUAUGUUAUUUUUAAAAAAAGAGAACAUCACAUGUUAUCUAUGCAACUUGUAAUAUAGUAGAACUUCUUGCCUUUUAUUUCUUCAUAAUGUAGCAUUAAGGGAUUUCCAUAGAUGAGGUAGAAAUCUUUUAUGCAAAUAACUCUUGUACUCAAGCUCUCCUUGCCUAUUAUAUAAUAAUCAUGGAUAUUAUUGCAUUGCUAGACUGUUCAUCUAUGGAAAUGUAAUCUCCGCAUCUAGUUUUAACCAUGUAUGUCACCACAGAUAGUACUAGCUUCUAGUUACAAACUAGGAACCAUUGAAAUGUAAUAAUGAAGUGUACACUAAUUGUAUUUGAUAGUGUAUAUUUUUAGAUAACUUUGAUGCCUUAUUGCAUUUGCAGUGAUUUCAUUUCUUCCAUUGCAAGUGGAAAUGUUUGGUGCUAAUUAUUAAAAAAAGCUUGGAUUCAAAUUAUUACCAGGUUAACAGCAGUGUCAAGAACACUUCAUAUUGUAAGUUCAUUGGCAGUCUUGUUAGAGAAUGCUUGUCUGGAUGAUCUAGGUGGCAUGAGAAGGUGCUUUGAUUGAGUUUUAGCCAAGUUUGUUUGGAGGAAAAGGUGACAAAAUUGUUUGUUGUCAUGAUAGAUACCUGGUGAUUUCCAAGAAAGGCAUUUGCAUUUAUAAUUGGUUUAUAGUUGCCUGACUUCUUGCAGAUUAUAUUAUCUAUUUGUUUUUCUUUCGGUAUUAUUAUUUUUUGGAAUGAUUAUUAACCUGCUAUCAUCAUUUUUUACUUUGGCUUAUUUUGUAUAGAUAAUUAUGAUUUUCUUAGAUUGCUUAUUGAUAUGUUGGAGUUUUGGUCAAGGAUAUGAUUUGCUUGUAUCAUAAUUCUUUUUAUUUUUUUAUUUUUUUAUUAUUAUUUUUUUUUGUUCUAAUUAUGCUUAAAAGGAUGAAUCUUCAUUUGAUGGGUGUGGCAUACUGUUUUUCCCACAUACCAAUCAAUUUAUUAACUAAAAAAGAGUAUAUAAAAUAGUGAUGAAAGUAACCUAGAAAGUGAUUAGUCGUUUAUGAUGAAAGUCCUACUAAAUCCGUUUGCUAUUAUUGUAUACCUUUAUUUAUUUAUUUUUUCUUUUUUUUGAGUUCUUCAGAAUGGCACAAAUGUUGGGCCUCAAAGAAUCAAAAGUAAAGUUGUCUUGCGUGAGAACAAAUGUUACUCCGGAACUCUGGCUUGGUCUCUCCCGUUGUUGUUGGUCCACGUGGAUGUGCCUUAUGUGUCUCGUCUCGUAGUCUAGGGUCCACUUUGUCCAGCACAAAUGGUAAUGAUGUCUACUUUUUCAGUGACAAGAAAAAUGAAAAUGAUAAUUAUUCUUAAUUAACGUUUUACUAAGCAUUGGUCAUGUGUUCAAGACAGUGAUUAUUUUUCUUUCAGAAGAAAAUGGCUUUUAGAUCGUGUGUAACUUGAAAGUGAAAAGUAAUCAAAAAGUUUUCCCUUACAGAAUCUUCAUUAUUAUUUCACCCAAUUUACUUUCGUCCUCGUUUUUCUUUCGUAGGCUAAUACUGCUAGAAACAUCAUAUUGGAUUGGUAAUAAUCCAUGUGCAUAUGUAAUGUUAUUUAAAGUAAACUCAUUUUAGGGAGAACAUGCACACAAAUAUAAAUAAGAUAUAUCUACACACAUGCAAAUAUACAUACACAUACAAACAAACAAGCAUGCAUAUUGAAGUACAAGGUUAAAUGUACAUACAGAAAUGCACAAGAACACACACACACACUAAAAA